AAGCAUCCAUCUCUGUAUAUUAUUUUAUUCUCUUUACCAUCCCAAAUUCUAUCUUGGUUUUCAAUGCAAGUACCGUUUUUCUUUUUAAUCUCAUUUUUUGUUCUAAGCAUUGCCUUCUGUUCUGUCCACAUUCCCAUACUACUAUAUUCUCUUUAGCGAAUUGAUACUCUCCCUGACACAGCUCAAAUCUGCAAAUACUGCUAGAAUUAUCCAGGGACUAGCUAGAUGUAUUCCUUUCGGUGGCUCCUAGGUGUUCUACACCUGCUUCUAUGGGGUUCAACCUUGCAAAACAUCCGGGCCAUUCCACCACGGGAUCCAGUUCAAUGCAACGGAACAGUCUGCACCCUCUACAAUUCCUAUGGUGCAUGGGGAGAUCGGAAGGACUGCAUCUUCAAAACUGUUGCAUACCCAAAAACAGAAGAAGAGCUUCGCUUGGUCGUGGCCUAUGCCAAUAAGAACAAGCUCAAGGCGAAAGUAGUCAGCAAAUUUUCACACACCAUCCCAAAACUAGCCUGCCCUUCCUCGCGGCCCGAUGAUUCGUUGUUGAUAAGUACAGCAAAAUAUGAUUCGAACAUCGAAAUUGACUCGGCCAACUUCAUUGUGACAGCCGAUGCAGGAGUAGCGCUACGAGAGCUGAUUGAUAAGGUUGAAGAAGCCGGGCUAAGUCUAGUGGCUGCGCCGUAUUGGGAGGGCGUGAGCGUUGCCGGGCUGAUAAGCACCGGGGCGCAUGGGAGCUCAUGGUGGGGUAAAGGAGGAGCUGUUCACGAUCAUGUCAUUGGCCUCAGCCUUAUCGUUCCUGCUAGUGAAUCAGAAGGGUAUGCAAAAGUAAUCCAAAUUGGAGCUCAAGAUCAACUUCUUAAUGCAGCAAAAGUAUCAUUAGGAAUUGUGGGGGUCAUCUCUAAGGUGAAGUUCUCUCUAGAGCCAGGAUUCAAGAGAAGCAUUACAUAUAACUACACAGGCGAUUCUUUAAUUGAAAGUGAAUUCAUCGAACAUGGAAAGAAAUAUGAAUUUGGAGACAUCACUUGGUACCCAUCAGAACAUAGAGCUGUGUAUAGAUAUGACAGCAGAGUUUCCAUGGACGCCUCUGGCGAUGGAAUUAACGACUUCCUUGGUUUUCAAGCCAAUGAAAUUUUGGCCUCUGAAUCAGUCAGAGCAGCAGAAAAGGCAUCCGAGAGUGCCAAAAACGUCAAUGGGAAAUGCACGCUGGCAGCCAUUACUUUGGGGUACAAGAAACUGAUUGCCAAUGGAUUGAAGAACAAUGGCUUGAUUUUCACAGGCUACCCAGUUGUGGGGCGCCAAGGAAAAAUGCAAACAUCUGGUUCUUGUUUGUAUUCACCUAUCACGAGAAUCGAUAGUUCAUGUGCUUGGGAUCCAAGAUAUAAAGGGCUUUUCUUUUACGAGUCAACUGCAAUAUUUAGUGUUUCAAAGUUCGGAGACUUCAUCCGAGAUGUUAAAAGAUUAAGGGACCUAAAGCCAGAAAACUUUUGUGGGGUUGAUCUCUAUAACGGGUUUCUGAUUCGUUACAUCAAGGCUUCAAAGGCGUAUCUAGGUCAAUCCGAGGACUCCAUAGUUGUUGAUUUCAACUAUUAUCGCGCAGAUGAUGCUUCCACUCCGAGGUUAAACCAAGAUGUAACUGAAGAAGUUGAGCAGAUGGCCUUCCUCAAAUAUGGAGCAAGGCCACACUGGGCCAAGAAUAGGAACCUGGCAUUCUUGAAUGUACAAAGUAAGUACCCAAACUACAAUAAGUUCCUUGCAGCAAAGAAGCAAUUAGACCCACAAAACAUGUUCUCCAGCGAAUGGUCGGACCAGAUAUUAUUCGGAAAAGGAGCUGUUAAAAGUGAUGGAUGUGCCUUGGAAGGGCUGUGCAUAUGCUCGGAAGACAGGCACUGCAGUCCAAGCAAAGGGUACUUUUGCAAGCCAGGUCUUGUUUACACUGAAGCUAGGGUAUGCAGAUAUCCACCAUCCUCCACGCUGAUUUAGUUUUCCAGCAGAUUCUUUUGUUUUCUUAAAUUAAGAAACAUUUCUUAAUUAGUUCAUUAAUUAAUUUGAAUUGCAAAGCAAACAAUUCUUAUUUGAUUGCAAUGAAGUGCAUCACUUUUG